UGAAAACUUCCGGCUGCGAUUUUUAAAAAUUAUUUUAUCAGUUUUUGUCAAAGUAUGCCAUAUUCUUGAACAAUGUUGCCUUAAUAUGGAUGUAACUAACGCACUUGUAUGGGACUUUGUCCAUACAAAGUCUGUAAAACGAGUUUUAACCCCUAUUGCAGCCCAGGUGUCGCAAUUGAUAAUUGUUAGUGAUGCAAGGGGGACAAAGGAGGAAGGGAGCUCUGUUAUGGAGUUUGCUACAGAAGUCUCAAAAGCAAUUGAGAGUUUGGUGCAGGCUGCCAAACAAAGUUCUCUCAAGCAACAGGAAUUAGAAGUUGAGCUGGCUAGGCCAUGUGACAGUGCAGUGAUGUCAGGAGAAAAUCUGAUCUUAGCAGCUCAGAGGUUACAAAUUGAGGGUUAUAGUCAACCAGCUUGUAAACAACUUAUAAGGACAGCCAAAGAGUUAUUAGAAUCAACCAUGAAGGUUCUACUUGUAAGUGACAGCUUUAUAGUAAAGGAGAUAACCCACAGUGCCCAUGCUACCUUAGAACGUCUAGCACUCCUGUCUUCAGUCAAAACAAUGAAAACACUACUGACAUGCUUUAAGGGAUUCACAGAAGCAGUUAUGGUUUUAACAAAAUUGGCCGAUAAACGUCAAAGGGAUUUACUUCAUCCUCGACAGAGGGAGCGAUUGAUAAUGUCGAUGACAGUGUUGAAGAAAUCCAUCCCACUCCUGAGCAAUGCUUUGCAGAGUUAUGUAAAGUACCCAAAUAAUCAACAAGCAAUCUCCACUAAAGAACACAUGAUAGGUGAGAUAAUCACAUGUAUUGAUGAGCUGAUAGAUGCUGUUGAAAACAGACUGUCGACAAGAGAUGAAACUGAACUUGAGGAGGUGGAGGAAAUUGGUCAUUUUGUCACAUAUUUAGACAAGAUGUUAUCUAUACUAAAGAGUGAUGACAACACAAAGAUGGCAGCACCUGAUGUAGAGGCUUAUCUCGAUGUGUUACUAAGACAUGCUAUGGCUGUUUCACACAUAUCCUCAGAGCAUCAUAGAAAUCUUAUCAUCACAUGCUGUCAAAGGGUGAUACGGCUCAAGGGUGGGAUGCUCCAACACCUGAAGAAUGUACAGCAUAAUCCAGACUUUGUAGAGCUUAGAAGUGACUAUGAUGACAGUUGUUCUAAUGUUGCUAUGGAGUUACAUGACCUUGAGCGCCAUGUGAACAAUGCUACACUGCACCAGGUAGUUGCCACAUUCAAAGAAACUACGCAACCUCUCGAUAGACUGGUCAGAGCAGCUCUUUCAACAGAUCAGACGAUACAGCGUUUACCAGAAAAAGAAUGUCAUGAUAUUUUGGAACCUUACAUCGAUCGUCUAAACUGCCAUUUUGAGCUAUCUAGCCAGGUGGCGCUACUAGUAGCUGCUAGUUCAACAGACACACAGCGAGUAAGAGAUAUCAGGAGUAGCGUGAAACAACUCGAGCUUUUAGAUCCUCAACUUGUACCUGCUGUGAUGUCAUGCCGUAGAGACCCCUUGAACAAAGUUGCUGUGAAGCAUCUAAAGACGUUGAAACAACUAUGGAACAAUGAGAUGAAUAUUUUAGUUGAGAGUAUUGAUCGAAUUACAGAUCCCAAUCUGUUUGUAAAUGUAACAGAAAAGCUUAUCAUGGAAGAAAUAGACACAUGUAGUCGUUUGAAGAAUGCAACAAGCUCCUCAGAGGUUCUACUGUUUAGUUAUGGUUUGACAGGAUUGGCUCACAGAGUGGUUGAUAUGGCGACACGGGUUGUAGAUCAUCAGGUAGACCCCAUCUAUCGCAAUGGUCUCAUGGUGUAUAUUAAUCAGUUAAAUAAAGUUAUUCCUGGUGUGAAAUCUACAUGUAAACAGCUCAGUGAGAACCUAGGUGAUAUUGGAUUACUGGGGACACUGAACAAACGUAGCAAGGCCUUGUUGAAUUGUGUGAAACAUAUUCGCCAGGGCCUAGAUGAGAAAUCCCAUCCAGAACUAAUGAGUGAACUCAGGCGAAAUGUGAGGAGUCCCGAAAACAUGCAGUUUUAUAAAGUUGCUGAUGUCGACAAUGAGAGUAUUGGAUACGAGUCUCUUAUCCAGAGCCCAACCCCUCCCACCAACAACAAAUUCUUAAGUGCUGCCUUGAUGACAUCACCAAGAACAUCACCACAUAAACUGAUGACAUCACCACAUAAAUCUGUGACAUCUCCACAGAAACUGAUAGCAUCACCACAUAAAGGUGUGAGGUUAUACCCUCAGGGGGAUGCAGACAGUGCUAUGUUUGCAGAUUUGUCGCUAUCCUUGGAAUCUCUAUCUGUAAAUAAAGGUGCCGGAGAGUCCAUUAGUCCUAUUAAAAAUGAAUUAAGCGAUAAACUGGUUCGGUGCUCUCUUAGUGGUAGUAAACGUGAGGUAGCUGUAUUGUGUAAUGACAUACUUAGUUCAGCAAAUAGUCUUGCGGAGACAGCAUCACAACUAGCUAUGUGUACAGAAAAUAUACAGGAUAAAAAAUUAUUAAAUGAUGAUGCAAGCCUGUUAACUAGCACAACAAGUGAGUUUGUACGACAGGCCAGUAGUGUGGCCACUGGGGAUGUAAACACUGUAGAACCACUACAUAAAACUGCUCACACAUGGGCCCAGAAGGUAUCAGACGUGAGUGGUAGAGUAGAACUGAUGACCAGGCAGUGGAGAGGAGUGGUGGAACGUGUCAUACAAGCCUCAACCAUGAAGAAUGUCCCCCUACUCACAACUGAGAUCCAUUCCAUAAACCAACACAAAAGUGUGAUUCAAGAAAUAGUUGCCAUAGUAACUGGUUGCCAAGCAGGAAGUGCAGAAUACACUGAGGCUCUGCAAGAAUACAUGAAUGACCUUGAGAACAUGACCUUCACCUUGACAACCAUGGCUGAUAUGGCCCUGAGGUCAGAUUCAGCAGAUGAGAUGACCAUAUUAGAGAGAACUGGGCGUGACUGGGUGACAAGGGUUCAUUGUAUCAUGGCAACCAUAGCAAGACAACAACGAAAUAUGGUGAUGAUGUUACCAGAGUUACACUUACAUUCCACUACAACUGAUGGACCUAUUCCCGUUUCAUCAUUCAUGCAUCUCACAUCAUCAAUGACUCCAGUUAUACAGGAAAUGUGUCAGGGAGACAUUCCAGAAGAGACAAGGAAGAAACUUGAUACACUGUCAGAAACCCUCUGUGGUAUUAUAGAGAAGCUUGGUGAUGUUGCUGGUUUGAUGGAGAGGCCUCCAACUGCAUUUCCAAGUCCUGACACCCAAUAUGCAGCUUACUCUAUGAAGGCCCUGCAGUGUCAAUGGAUAGACAAGGUUUUAGGAGCUUAUACUGUGCUUGAUGGACUGAUUGGAGAUGUCUGUGUUGUGUUAGACAGAUUACUAGGAGCAGCAAUAGCUGUGAAUACAGCUCAAGGAUCAGGAAAGAAGACAUUAGAACAGGAUUUUCUGAAAGUGUGUGACAACAUUUCCGCCACCAUGUUGAACAUAAAGACUAAGUCCACAGAAUGCAUCCAUCCUUCAUUGAAUCUUCCUGUUAAGAAUAAAGUCCGCAAUUGCUUAGACAUCAUGGGGCAGGUCACACCACAGUUAAUCACAGUGGCACAGGAAGUGGCAGUUUCACACAACGAUGUAAAUGUUGCAAAGUUUACUGAGUUGAGAAGAAGAUGGGGACAAAGAGCUCAGAUGUUGUUAAACAUUCUCUCAAAUAUGAAUGAUGUCAAUCCUGUCCAUAUACAAGAGGUCCAUGGCUUACUUAUGGCCAGGUCUCAACUACGACUGAGCAGUCCAAGAGACAGGAAAGUGGGCUUACCAGCUGGUGUAAAACCAUUAUCAAAUAUAACCAAUCAACCAGGUGACCAGAAUGCCAUCAAACAACCGGACCAAAGUUAUAGCACCAAAUUACAGGGUACCACAGAUAAGGAAAUACUUGCUGAUGGAGCCAGAACUACAUCAAAUGAAAAUACACCAAAGACUUGUGAAGCAUUAACGCUGUCAACAACAGAACCAUUUGUACGGAAGUCACAAUUUUCCAGCAAACUCUCACCCAAAGUUUCAUCAGAAUAUUCUCCCAUGAAGUCCAGGCCUAUAAGUAUGCCAUCAUUUAAAGUGGGCUCAGAUUCCCCAAUGAACAGAUCCACAGAAGAGAAUCCUAGUUUCUCAGAGUACCUCAAGUCACACAACUACUCUCCUGGAAAGAAGCUUGAUGACUCCUACUUCUCAGCUUUAACAAAUGCAGCGAAUAACCUAGAGCUAGAGGCUGACAAGUGGGAAGACUCCAACAAUGCUAUAGUAAGAGCAGCAAAGGCCAUGUCCAGUAGAAUGAAACAGAUGGCAGACUUUGUCAAAGGACAAGGUCCUAUUGUGAACAAAUCAGAUAUGAUUAGAACCAGUAGAGAGAUCAGCCAAGAUGCAGAAACCAUUGUCAAGUUUGCUAAGAGUGUAGCAAAGUACUGCCUUGAUGAAAGAUUUGCGAAGGAUCUGGAAGUGAUGGCUGACCAAAUCCCCACUCUGAGCACUCAGCUUAGCAUAAUAACCAGUGUGAAAUCAUCCACUGCUGGGGAUAGAGGCUCUGAUAAGACUUUGGUGAAGAAUGCCCAGAAUCUCAUGCUCUCCGUUGUAAGGACACUCAAAGCUGCAGAAGCUGCUUCCGUAAAGGGCCUAAGACAGCCCCCUGCACAUGAAGUUGAUGCAACACAAGCAAUAGUUUUAGCAUUCCAAUGGAAAAGAAAACUUGUAACGCAUCGUUUAAUUGAAGCAUCAAAUGCUGAUGUUGAUGAGCUUGGACUGAGAAUGGUCAGUCAGAAUAGAGGGCCCCCUUUACUCAGCCAGAUUGUGUUAAGAAGGUGAUCCCUUUAUGAGAAUUUGAUGAUAAAUUCAUGAAUGUAAAGAGGAAUCGUGGAUCAGAAUUAUUAAAUGUGAAGAUUAAAACACUGGAUCAGAAUUUAUAAAAUAUGGAUCAGGAAUUACUGAAUGUGAAGAAAAUCAUGUAUCGAAUUAUUAAAUGUGAAGAUUGAAACAGUGGAUCAGAAUUUCAUGAACGAGAAAAUAAAUUGUGGAUUAGAUUUCUUCAAUGUGAAGAUUAAUGUGGAUCAGAAUUAUUUAUUUGAAUGUGAAGAUAAAAAGUGGAUCGGAAUUAUUGAAUGCAAAGAUACUAGUAAACAGUGGAUCAGAAUAACUGA